UGAAGAUUCGUUGACGAACAGGACGUCACGUCACCAAACAGCUAGCGUGGCUAGUUAGCUACCAAAGCGUUUGCAUGUGCUAGCACUAGCUUCAUAAAUCAGUGGGCAAAAUGUCCAUUUAGAUUUAUGUAUACAGUUUUCUAUUCUAUGGAUAAAGAUCCGUAUUUUGACAACAGUUUAGGAACCAAAUUCAGAAUGCCUUGUCAUAACCAACAACAGCUGAACAACAAUGAAAGCCAAGACCACGCGGCUAUGAAUAGCACCAAGCAAGUUCGAUUUGCUAGUUGUGGCAACACUGUGUUGUCAGUUUCAAACAGAGAUGCAGAAGUCGCAGAAACGUGUGAAAGUGCAUUCAAGAGUGAUAUACAAAAGCAGAUCGGGCCGCAGCUAAAAUUGCUUCCGUUGAAUGACCAAAUUCGUGAAUUACAGACCAUCAUAAGAGACAAGUCAACAAGUAGAGGAGAUUUUGUAUUUUGUGCGGAUAGAUUGAUCAGACUAGUAGUUGAAGAGGGACUUAAUCAGCUGCCAUAUAGCGAGUGUACUGUAACCACUCCUACUGGGCAUAAAUACGACGGUGUCAAGUUUGAGAAAGGCAACUGUGGUGUCAGCAUAAUGAGAAGUGGGGAGGCCAUGGAGCAAGGCCUCAGAGACUGCUGCAGAUCCAUCCGAAUCGGCAAGAUCCUUAUCCAGAGUGACGAGGACACCCAGAAGGCUAAAGUCUUCUAUGCCAAGUUUCCUCCUGACAUCAACAGGAGGAAAGUCCUCCUCAUGUAUCCUAUCCUGAGCACAGGUAACACAGUGAUUGAGGCUGUAAGAGUCCUUACAGAACAUGGUCUGCAGGCCAAGCACAUCAUCCUCCUGAGCCUCUUCUCUACGCCUCAUGGUGCCAAGUCGAUCGUCGAGGAGUUCCCGGAUAUCACCAUACUGACCACGGAGGUGCACCCUGUGGCUCCUACACACUUUGGCCAGCGCUACUUUGGCACAGACUGAGAAAUGAGCUCUCCCGUGAGGCCGUUUGGGGGCACAUGCGUACGAGAACCAACCGUCAAAUGUCUACUGAUUGUAUGCAUGUCCGUUUAAUUCAAAGUGAGUGGUUAACCUUGAAGAAAACUCCCAGCUUUGCCGUUUAUGCCGCCUUAACCUGUUAUCCUCCAGUUUUGAUACAAAGGAAAGAUUUCCCUGGGAGAACUAAGAAGCACAUUCCAUGCAGGUCUUGUAGAAGAGUAGGGAGCUUGCAUGUACUGCUUGCCAGUUUAUUUAUUGAGGUUCGGUAGAUAAUUCUAUGUUAAUUGCCAACAGAAAACCUAAAACAAUUGAAAUAAAUAGUAUUGUUUUUUUCAA